UGCAGAGUCGCUCCUGCCUCCCGGUUUGUUGUCCCUCACUGCCUGACUCGGACGAUGGAGAAGUACGAGAGGAUAGGGAAGAUUGGCGAGGGCUCCUAUGGUGUUGUCUUCAAGUGCAGAAACAGGGACACCGGACAGAUUGUUGCCAUCAAGAAGUUUGUAGAGUCUGAGGAUGAUCCCAUCAUCAAAAAGAUCGCACUGAGGGAGAUCAGGAUGCUGAAGCAACUGAAGCACACCAACCUGGUGAAUCUGAUUGAAGUGUUCAGAAGGAAACGGAAGCUUCACCUGGUGUUUGAAUACUGUGAUCACACCGUCCUCAACGAGCUGGACCGCCAUCCAGCAGGCAUCCCGGAGCACCUGGUCAAAAGUAUAACCUGGCAGACGCUUCAAGCCGUCAACUUCUGUCACAAACAAAAUUGCAUUCACCGAGACGUCAAGCCAGAAAACAUUCUCAUCACCAAACACCAAGUCAUCAAACUCUGUGACUUCGGCUUUGCCAGGAUUCUCACCGGCCCGUGUGACUACUACACGGACUACGUAGCGACUCGCUGGUAUCGGGCCCCAGAGCUGCUGGUUGGGGACACCCAGUACGGGGCCCCUGUCGAUGUGUGGGCAGUUGGGUGCGUGUUUGCGGAGCUGCUCUCUGGGAUUCCUCUGUGGCCCGGGAAGUCGGACAUGGACCAGCUUUACUUGAUCCGGAGGACUCUGGGAGAUCUGACUCCUCGACAUCAGCAGGUUUUCAGCAACAACCAGUUCUUCUGCGGAGUUUCCAUCCCUGAGCCACCAGAGAUGGAACCUCUGGAACAAAAAUAUCCAAAUCUCUCACAUCAAACUCUGAGCCUUAUGAAGAGCUGUUUGAAAAUGGACCCGUCUGAGCGGCUGACCUGUGAGCAGCUCCUACGCCACCCCUACUUUGACAGUAUGAGAGAAAAAAGCGAGAGCACGUCUCGAGAACUGGAUCGUACCAACUACAAGAGGACCCGUCUACCUCGUAGACACCUUCCCCCCGGGUAUUUGCCACAGUUGACCAGCAGCAGCAUCUUUCCAGCCCUGGACAAUAAAAAAUACUACAACAACCUGCGCAAGUUUAACUACCACCUCCCAAACAUCUAAGAGCUGCGAUGCUGAUCAGAAGUUAAGCUGGACGACUGCAUUUUCUGAACCGCUCAGGAAAUAAAGCACUCUAGAAUAUAGUUUAUUAGCAUUAUAAUGAUUUAAAAAAACAGUUUCAG